AUGCAUCUCCUUUCAGCUGCGAGGACGUUCCUCGCCGCCGCCAUGGCCUUCCAGGCUGUGGUGGCGCACAACAUCGUGCUGCCGGCCCGUGGCAUCGAGUGCUUCCACGAGAGCCUCCACAAGGACGACAAGAUGACCGUCACCUUCCAGGUCGGCGACCGCGAGUUUGGCAGUGCAGGCAACCUCGACAUUGAUUUCUGGAUCAUGAACCCCAUAGGCGAGUACCAGAUCAACGAGAGGACAGUUUCCAACGGCGAUCACUCCUUCACGGCCAUCCACGACGGCAAAUACACCUACUGCUUCGGCAACCAGCACUGGGUCGCCAACACCAAGGAGGUCUCCUUCAACGUCCACGGCAUUGUAUAUGUCAACGAAGCAGACAGCCCCAGCGAUCCUCUCGAGUCUGAAGUCCGACGUCUAUCCGAUCUCCUUGCCCAGAUCAAGGACGAGCAGCAGUACAUCGUCGUCCGCGAGCGCACCCACCGCAACACCGCCGAGAGCACAAACUCCCGAGUCAAGUGGUGGAACCUCUUCGUCAUCGGCAUCGUCAUUGGUGAAUCCCUCUUCCAGGUCUGGUGGCUGCGUCGCUUCUUCGAGGUCAAGCGAGUGGUCUGA